UGUGGGUUCUAGCAUUCUAAGAUCGAUCGAUUGAUCGAUGGAGCACAGCAGAGGUGGUUGUGGUGGUGGUGGUGGUGGUGGUGGUGAUGUGUUGAGUUUGGGUGGGAUGGAAUCCACCCAUUGCUGUCCAUUCGCAUUUGUUUAUCAUUGACUUGUUCUUGGUUGAUUUGUAUUAGUAUAUGGCACCGAUUGUUUAAUACUACGGGAUAGCUGAUUCAGAGUUUCAGACUAAGCUAUCUAUGUGUUCGACCAAAUGUCUCUAUGGUUGUCAAGCAGAUGCAGCAGCGGCGGAGGAGGGAGGAUCGGGCCGGGGCGACGUCGGGGUGGGAGGAGAGAGCGCCGCCCGACCCGAGACGGUGGAGGACGCCGGCGGUGAGGACAUCAUGGCGGGAUGGAUGCACCGCCGCCGCCAUCGCCAAGGGUUCCAGAUAUAAGAUGCAUGGCAAGAAGAGCAAAGUUGACAAUUUACCUCAAACCUAAGGAAAUCCACGAUAAAUGUGGAACAAUUAAUACGUGUAAGAUAGAUACUAAACUUCAGGGGGGGGAGGACUGCAUAUAUCAAGGUCUGUUCUACAAUCUACAUAACAUCCAAAGUUCUCUCCCCAAAAAUGACAGAAGUGCAAAAUCUUCAUUGCGUCCGUUUUGCAAUAUUUUGAAGAAGUCUGAUGGAACAGUGGGAAUGCCAAUAUUGAGAUCCAGAAGGGUUCCACCAUCAGAGAUGUAUCGAAUACACCAUGCGAAGGUAGAUGGUCAAGUUGUGCCCAACUGCCUAUGUCCCUCACUGUUUAUCAUUGACUGGAGUUAUGCCUUAUGUACCAGUGCUUUUUUACUGCCUAGGGAGUAUUACAGAGAGCAGUGCGCAUCACUGUAUUUGUGACUGGUACAGGAUCAACAUGAUUUUGUCUCGUUCUUCUUUUCAAUGUUUUUUUUUUCUGGAGUGUUUCUUGUUGGAAAAAGAGAUGAACCGAGUGCCUAGUUCUCUCGCAGUACUUUGUGGCAGCUGAGAACAGUACGAUUGCUGAUUAUUUAAGUGGAUGCUGACAGCAGUUGAUCUCUUGGUUUGCACUAAUCUGAAUGUUUUUGUUUGGACGUUUUUGGGCAGAUGAUGGUCAUUGGUGAUGAAGGAGAUCCGUAGCAAGAUGAUGACCAUAUGAAUUUGGUGAGACAGUUUUAGCUUUAUCAUCUUAGCAUCAGUCAAGUCUAGAGAGUUGAGGUGGUGAUUGAUGUCUGACCAUCAAGCAGGUGGUGCUUUUCGCAAUUUCACCUGACCUUUUUUUUUUUGUUCAAUUGCUGAGGGAAAUCAUAUGUGAUGCCUCAAGUCUCUCUCCACCAAUGCCAGAUUUCAAUCCAGAACUUGAACAUGAAUAGCAAAAUUGUAAAUGAAUUUGCUAGGAAUUUACCAUUUCAAGAAAUCUUGGAAUAUUAACAGGCACAAAUUGCGGAGUAGCCAACCUCCAUAUCUUUCGUUAGAAUAAGGCCAUCACCAAUCAAGGAUACCAUAUGAGUGUCUUCACUAACUGAAGAUACUGUGCGGGAAACACCUCUGGAGAAUACCCUGGUGACCCAAUGAGUGUUCCUAACCCAAAAAGCCUACGUAGUUAUUUUACUGUACUACCCCUCUCUUCUCCCCCACUUCCUCUCUCUUCCCCACAUUUACUCAUCUACCGGACCCGUUCACAUCGUGGUCCUCGCCGCCGCCGCUCGCCUUUCCCUCUCGCCGCGGGGCCACUCGCCGUCGCCGGUGGCCGCGAGGGCUGCCUCCCUCCCUCUCUCUCCUCGCCGUCAUCGUCGCCGCUGUGGCCGAAGCGUCAUCGCCGUCCGCCACCUCCGCCUCCCUCCCUCACUCUCCUCGCCGUCGUCAUCGCCGCCGCGGCCGACACGUCGUCACCGUCCGCCGCCUCUGCCUCCCUCCCUCACUCUCCUCGUCAUCGUCGUCGCCGCCGUGGCCGAAGCGUCGUCGUCGUCCGCCUCCUCCGCCUCGCCGGUCUCCUCCGCCUCGCACCGUCCGCCUCCCUGAUCUCCUCCGCCUCUCGCCAUCACAGGUCGGGGGCGGCAAAAUCCGGCGCCGUAGCGGGUGGAUCUAGCCCCCCCGGCUAGAUCGGGGAGGAGAUGGUGGCGGCCGUCGCGCUGGUCGCGGGGUCGGCGCCGUCGCCGUCGCGGGGUCGGCGCCGUCGCCUCCGACUCCUCCCCACUGCCGUGUGCCUCCCGCCUACUCCAAGCGACGAGGCCGAGGGUGGAAGGGCAAAGUUGUGGUGGGGGAGCCGUGUCCACGAGCCACGCGCUCGUGCAACACAUAGCCCCAAGCGGUGGCUCAAGAAAAGGAGCUUGAGCCACCCGUCCCCCGCCUGAGGGUCACGCCUCCCUCCCAGGAGA